AUGGCCCAGAUCUCCGAUUUACCCAACGAGCUCCUUUUCAACAUUGCUUGGUUUCUCAUAACAGGCCAUAUUUCCGACGUUAGAGCGCUGCUUCACCUAUGCCGUGUCUCACGCCAGUUCUGUGGGAUUGCGCAGCCAGCACUCUACACAUGUGUUCGGAUGGCAGUACCAGUGGAAGGCCCUCUGAAACCUCUCAAACUCUUCUUCCGAACCAUAAUUGAACGUCCGCCGCUGGCUCAGAAGACGCGAAAACUUGCUUUGCUCGAUGACUGGGGCCAUCUCCACUAUACAGCUGAAAUUGGGCCACCGCACGCCUUGGUACGACGUCUUCAUGAAUUGCGGGUCCUCAAUCCCACAUUCUUAUCCAAGCUGAAAACGUUCCAUUUGAACAAACAGUGGGAGGACGGCCCAGUCGACAUACACGACUACAUACCCUUUAUGGAAUACCCAUCAUUCGAAAAGUUCUCCUCUGAGAAUGAUGUACCAGACACGCCGGACGAGCCUUACGCAAUCAAUACUCUGACGCGUACAGCUGCGGAUUUGGCCUGGUGGUCAGGAGCGUUUUAUACAAUGCGACGACUACUAGAUGCAUGUCCGCGUUUGACUGCGUUUGAGCUGAUCAUUCCAGACGAGAGUCGUUACGCGUGGCAUUUCGAUAGAGCCCACCAACCGGUGGUCACACCGCGAGAACUUGUCAAGGCAUUGCUUGACACGCACAGGCAAAAUCUAAAGUCCCUUACAUUGGAUUUUCAUCACAUCUACGAUCUCAGUGAUCCAAAUCUUCAAGACGAGAUUGAGGACUUGGAAGACUGCAAUUACACCUACCCAUCCUUCCGCGGCUUUAAGAGUCUCUCGCAUAUGUCAAUCGAGUUCGAGAAGCUUAACAAAGCUAGCCAUCUCCCUGCGUCGCUAGAGACGUUGAACCUGCGUUUUUGCCGGUUUGAUGACCUGAACACUGCCUUGCUCAGCGAUUUGGUUUAUCUAAAGUAUACGUGGUGUCCGAUUAUCAGAGUCAUUACUGUGACUGGUAUGGAAGUGGAUGAGGUAAUGCAAACCUGUUAUGUAUCAUUUCUUCAUGAAAACGAAGAAGCUACCUUGGUUAUUAUAAAGCUUGGUGCAGGCGUUCCAUCUCGGAUCAGGGUCGAGUUAGAGAAGGCGGGAGGCCAUGCGGCGACGAUGAGUUUGCUAGGUUGA